UAUCAUUAAUAUUAAUUGCUCGCAAUAUUAUGGUUGAAUGAAUUAAAAUUAACCAGUGCCAUAUAUUCAAUGAAAAAACAUGGUAUUGUUAACAUUUAUUUUUUCACUGUAUCUUUUAAUAUUUAAGUCAGAAAAUAGAACUGGUAAAUGGAGUGGCAGCUUAUUUUUCAAUGUAAACUCAAAUAUAUCACUGUAUUCUGAUGUGCGCGUGGUAAAUUGAUUUAAAAUUGAAAAAUAUUUCUAUAUUAGAAAUAACUUUAAUGUCUAAGUUAUUAUUUCGAUAAGAUAAAGCAGAUAUUUCCGAAGUGUAGAUCUCGUUAAAUAUUAAAAAAAGAAAAUAGUUUAUACUUAUUAAGGAGAGAUCGUUAAGAAUGGAUUGCGAAAAAUGAUUGUCUUUAAAAAUGGGUCUGAAUCAUAAAAAUUCCAAAAGCCUUGCGAUAAAUUGUUUAAUCGUUAUAAAGCGACCUCAUUCGGGAAUUCAAGAAACAUCUAAAGUACCAAAUAUAAAACAUAACCACAAAUAAAUGUUUCGAUUAAUACUAUUUUAAAUGUCCAUUAGUACGUCUUUUUUUAUCGUAUAAUAUUUUAAUAAUGCAAAAUUUGAGCUGGAGACUUAUUAUGUUUCUGUGCGAUCUUUAUAACAACAGGAUUGGCUAAUAAAUCAGGAAGGACAUCCGUCUUUUCCAAUAAUUUCACCAAUCCUCGAGAACCCAAAGAUUUUAUCUCAUGUAUAUCUGUAUAAAUUGUGGAACUGAAACAGAGGAACUUUAUAGACGAUAUUGUCCAAGUGUGCUUAAAGUUUUGAAAUGCGUCAAAUGUGGAUUAUUAGCUGACAAAUACAUCGAAUAUGAUCCUGUUAUUGUAUUCGUUGAUCUUAUUUUAUUAGAGAAACAAGCCUAUCAGCACCUUUUAUAUAAUAGUAAUUUUAAAUCAUAUUGGAAGUUAAUGGUAAUGUUAUGGUUGGCUGAAGCCUUCAGAGCUUGGUCUUUUUGUGAAUCUAUUAAUAGUCAAAAAACCAAUAUAGAUAUAGGCAAUAGAGAUGUAUUUCAAGGAGACUGUAAUUUUUAUAUUCUGCUAUUACAAACUGCCAUUACAUUGACAGUAUUUAUUGCUACUGUAAUUAUUGUAACUGAAUUACGUUGGUUGCUUAGCAGAAAAAGGCCACACAAAUAUAAUGCCAAAGAUCUAACUAGAGCACUUAUUGUGGGAGGAUGUUCAAAGUUGUUUGGAUUAUUAUCUAUCGUAUGGGAACCUAUAGGAUUAGAUCUACAUUACAUAUUUGUUCAGGGCUAUACAGUUUUAUGCCUUAUGACAGCGUAUUCAGUUGUCUGUAAGACUGGGAAAAGUGGAUCUUUGAUUGGAUUGAUCACUGGAUUUUUGGUUUGCGAUUACAUUUCUAAUUUUGUUUCUAUAUUGCCUUUGUGAUCAACAUUAUUCUAAUGUAAGGAUUGAUCUAAUAACGGAUUUUGAUGCUCAGGCAUCCUUAACAGGAAGAAUACUCCAUCCUACUACUAAUCUAUCAAAUCCACAAGAAAACAAAUUACAAAUACUACUACUAUCUUCUGCCCAUGCUACAGAACAGACCAUUCUGCGAUGUCCCUAAAAUAAUAAUUUUAAUAGUAUAUUAUUACAUUUUAUGAUACAUUUGUUUUUAAAAAAAUUUGUAAUUUUCUAUGUUGUAUAAUUUUACAAUAUUUAAAAAUAUAAAUGGAAAUGAUAUAUAA